UCAAUUCAAAAAUAAAUUCGGUGAUGAAUCACUAACGUUACCCAUAUAUAUACCCUGCAAAUUAGAAAGUUUUUAUUCGCUCAAAAUCUAGGGUUUCAUUGUUCGUUGACGACAAAGGUCUGCCUAUUCUUCUUCUUUCGUUCUUCUUCUUCUUCUUCCCCUUAUACAGGGGGAACAAUUCUGUACUCCAUUCCAUUUUAUAGCCAUGGCUAUGGGAGAUGAUGUGAUGGGAGGUGCCGGGUGCUCUUUUUUUCUUGAUUCUGUGGAGUCCAAGCAGGGUGGAGAUGCACUUUCCCCAGAAGAUGUAGCCUGGGCUGAUUCAUGCCUCAUCAAAGAUUCUGAAAUAUCAGAUGGUAACUGGGAUUCUCUGAAAGCUGCCUUACUGAACUGUCUGGACAUUACAACUUCACAACAUGAUUCACUUGGCUUCUCUGCAGCUGGAAGCGAUGGUUUUACUGGAGGAACUGAUUUUGAGAGUCUUCCUUCCAUUGAAGAGGCACAAACGCCACCCCAUCUGGGAAGGACUGUUGAUAAUGAUGAUGAUAAUGAUGAUGACGAUGAUGUUCUCCAUAAUGAAGUGGAAGAGAACAGUGAUGAUUACAUAGUCCUCAAUAAGGUUGACAAAUUAAAGUCAAGAACUAAGUUGGGAAAUCCUUUUCUGCCAAAUUACAGCGAGGAUGUGAAAGAAAUUGAAAAUACUGAUCUUGGGUUGGAUUUGGGUUUUCCUGUAUUUGAAAGAGAGUCAUUGGGUGCAGAUAUCUUCAGGGUCUGGGAUUUGGACAUCCCAGAUGAGGAAGAUGGUGAACUUGUUAAACAGCUUAACAAGGCCCUUGUAGAAAGCUCCGUGCGCUCAAUGCCUUCACUUGAUGAUCUCAUUGCUGGCAUUUCAGACCUUUCUCUGAAUCAAUAUUCUGGAUGAAAAUUCUGUUAAACACUAAAAUUUUGGAGUUGAGUUAUAAAAAAACAAUGGCACAUCUGGGUGUGGUGGGUUGCCUUUUGCUGUGUGUACAGAUUGAUCUAUCUAAAUGGUGGUUGAGUUUGUGUUAGAAUAUUGGAGAGUGCAAUGUAAUUAAAACAUCUACUAUAUUGACUGAUAAUUUUAAAAAACGGAACUCUCACAUCAUUCUGAUUGA